GGGAUUUGAACCAAACUCUUUACUUUUUACACAUUUAUUCAUAUUUGUCUGAGCCACGAAGGAAACAUGUCGUGUGCUUGUACAUCUGCGGCAAGACUUCUACUCAUGAAUUCUGCACAUAAAGGGCUGUCUGGCUCUCGGGUCCAACUGCUCUCCAAGCGCAGACCCAGCGCUCACGAGGCGCGGCUGACCCGGAGGAUACCCGUCCGGGCGUUCUCAGAGACCUCCGUCUACUUCUCUUCCAAGGACAACACUCCAAAGAGCGGCGCGGGCGAUGGAGGAAAGAAGUCUGUGAGCGAGGGUAAGCGUUGUGGAUCAGGCACCAGCGGGGGGAAAGGAGGCAGUCAGCUCAGAUGCCCCAAGUGCGGAGACCUCUGCACACACGUGGAGACGUUUGUCUCCUCCACACGGUUUGUGAAGUGUGAGAAGUGUCACCACUUUUUCGUGGUGUUGUCUGAGACGGACACUAAGAAGAGUCUCAAGCCAGAGCCGGAGACCGCCGCCGAGGCCGUCAAGCUGGCCUUCCAACAGAAACAACCCCCGCCCCCCAAGAAGAUCUACGCCUACCUGGAUAAGUAUGUGGUGGGCCAGGCGCAUGCCAAGAAGGUGCUGUCAGUGGCGGUGUAUAACCACUACAAGAGGAUCUACAACAACAUCCCCCCGGUCGCCCAGAAGCCCGCAGAGCCAGAGAAGCACAACUCCAUCACCCCACGAGAGGUAGAGAACAGAAGACAAGAAGAUGAAUACAGAUUCACAAAGCUUCUUCAGAUCGCGGGCAUCAACCCCCAUGGCAACGCGCUGGGCAUCAGUCCCCAUGGUAACGCGCUAGGUGCCUCUGUUCAGCAGCAGGGGGCGACGGCGAAUGUCCCGGAACAGAGGGGUGGGACUAUCCUGGACUCCUCCCCCAAUGAAAUCAAACUGGAGAAGAGCAACAUCGUACUUCUUGGACCCACCGGCUCUGGUAAGACGCUGCUGGCGCAGACGCUGGCGCGGUGUCUGGAUGUCCCCUUUGCCAUCUGCGACUGCACCACGCUGACCCAGGCGGGAUACGUAGGGGAGGACAUCGAGUCCGUCAUCGCCAAGCUGCUGCAGGACGCAAACUACGUAGUGGAGAAGGCACAGCAAGGUAUUGUGUUCCUGGAUGAGGUGGAUAAGAUUGGCAGUGUGCCAGGAAUCCACCAGCUCAGAGAUGUAGGCGGAGAGGGAGUACAGCAGGGCCUGCUGAAACUGCUGGAGGGCACCAUAGUCAACGUGCCGGAGAAGAACUCCAGGAAGCUGCGAGGGGAGACCGUUCAGGUGGACACCACCAACAUCCUGUUUGUCGCCUCGGGAGCCUUCAACGGCCUCGACCGCAUCAUCAGCAGACGCAAGAACGAGAAGUACCUGGGUUUCGGCACGCCCUCCAACAUGAGCCAGGGGCGUCGGGCGGCGGCGGCUGCCGACCAGGCCAACAGCAGCGGGGGUGCCGCUGGGGUGGAGGGGGCGGAGCUGGAGCUGCAGGAGAGGGACCGCCUCCUGCGCCGUGUGGAGGCUCGUGACCUGAUCGAGUUUGGCAUGAUCCCAGAGUUCGUGGGCCGACUGCCCGUGGUGGUGCCGCUACACAGCCUGGACGAGGAGACGCUAGUGCGGAUACUCACAGAGCCGCGCAACGCAGUCAUACCGCAGUACCAGGCACUAUUCAGCAUGGACAAGUGUGAGCUGAACGUGACUCCGGAUGCCCUGAGGGCCAUCGCACGGUUGGCACUGGAGAGGAAGACUGGGGCUCGAGGACUCCGCUCCAUCAUGGAGAAGCUGUUGCUGGACCCCAUGUUUGAGGUGCCCCAGUCCGACAUCAUGGCCGUAGAACUCAACCAGGAAGCGGUGCAAGGAAAAACGCAACCACGAUACAUCAGGACCCCAGUGAAGGAGACGGCAGAGGAGGAGUACGACUCUGGCAUAGAGGAGGACAGCUGGACAGACAGACUCGCCGACGCAGCCAAGAACUAACU